GAGACUUGGAAUCUCCAAAAUUUUGGCCGGGCCAAAGAGCGACAUCCGAUGGGGAGGAUCGACACUCGUAGAUGCUCGGGUCAAGUGAGGGGGUCCUACACAUGGAUGAACUGGGGGAGGAGGGAGCACAGUGAGGCUGUCAUGUAAGCCGUCUCCUCUGGGGCCACCUCUUGGUGCGCACUGCUUCCUGCCUUAGGUAGGAGCCUCAGUGUUUCUGCUGCUGAGGCAUCAGACUGCUCGCUCUCUUCUCCUCUCCCUCCCACUGAGAAGUCAACAGCUCUACUCAAAGCACUGAAAUGGAGAAGAGCUGCUCCGAGUGCUCAGAGCCAACACUUGCACAGAGUCUGUGUACGCUCUGCAACAAGUGGUUAUGUUACAAGUGCACAGAUGUACAUCAGCAUCAGAGAGCCCCUGCCACUUCCCAGUACACAGACUUAUACCAACAGCAGAGGCCCAGUGCCAACCAGUGUCCUGACAUGCACCAGAGAGGCUCCAGUUCCCUGCCACCAACUGGACAAGGCCCGGGGUCGUAUCCUUGUUCCCUCCUGAUGUGCCACUCUCACAGACAGGAGCCCUUGGAGCUGUUUUGUGAGUCAUGUGACCUUCUGUGCUGUAGCAGCUGCCACCUGUCCUCCCACAAAAACCACAGGGUGGUGCAGAUUUGGAAGGCCCUACAGGAUCAGCAGUGGCUGUUUGAGAGCCUGAUGGUGCAGGUGGAAGAGAGGAGGUCUGCAGUGGAGAACAGUGCUAAACAGAUAGAGGGCAGACUUCAUGGAGUAAAGAUUGCACACAGGAAGGCAGAGAACCAGAUUAAAAUGGCAAAGAUGAUUAUGAUGAACGAGCUUAACAAACGAGCCAACCUAUUAAUAGAGCAACUGGAGAAAAUCUCAGAGGACUUCCAGCAGCGUCUGGAGGACCAGCUGCAGGGGGCAAUAGAGAUAUGUGGCCAGCUGGACCACGUUCAGAAGUUCAUCACCUGGGCUACGACCCACCAUUGCAGAGGCCCGGUGCUCUUCAGCCGAGCUCUGAUUUCACUCCAGAUGCAACAACUGCUUGAACCACCACUCCACUCAGACUCUUGGAGUCCUGUCAAGAUCAGAUUCAACUGGGAUGCUAGUUACUGGAUGAAGCAGAUUUCCUCUUUAGGCCAGCUGACUGUUGAAGGGGGAAACUGCGCUUACCCUCAGGGUUUGGCCUGCUCCAGCAUUUUGAGGCCUCAGCCCAUCACCUGCUUGGCUUUGCCAUCGGUGUUUCACAGAGGACGAGAGCCAGGCUGUGGGUACCAGGCCUGCUGUGAGCCCCAGAUGUGUUGCCUGCAUGGCAUUCCCCCUCAGCCAGAUCUGCCCAGUCUGGACAAAAGCCAGCUGGAAGCCACACUUUAUAACUCCAGCUGUGUUCAGCCUACCCUUAUCUCUGCCUCCCUGCAACAGAACCAGCAGCUCCAGAGGUGCUGCGACACAGAGAGCUCUUCACACUGUCCUCCCCCUACAUCACCUGUCCCGAUCAUAGGAUCCAUCCAGCUCAGCUGCACUCGAGGAUCCACAUCCCAACCACAAACUGCUGACUCCCAACUCAACUCUCUGUCUAAAUCUUAUCUCUCUUAUCACCAACACCAGAGAGAGAUUCUUCUAGACAGCCAGGCUCAGCUAAGUGCAGACCGUGGCAGGCCAGGCCCGUGCCAGGGGAAGCUGGCGAUUAGCACAGCUCUGCAGCAGGAGCUUGGCCACACAGCUGUGAACAGAGAUGUGAUGACAGAAGAGAGCUGGGAGGACAGAUGCAGAGUGGAGGAGACUUGUGGUCACACAGCAGUGGUUGAAAGCAGAGAGCUGCUGGGUGAGGAGCUGCAGCAGGACAGGAGUGAGCAGAGUCCUGUCCAGCAGCAGCGCCGUGUUUCUCCAGCAGCAGAGCUCAGAAAAGAGCAGCAGAGGACCAGAUCUGCACUGACAGUCAGAGACCACAGGGAUGGCAAGCCUGAAUCCUGCAUACCUUUCCCAAGGGGCAUGGAUCAGAGAUCUACAUCCCUGGAGGUGUCAGUGACAGCCCAUGACUGUGUAUCUGAUGUGCAGAGCAGCAGGCUCAGCCCUAGUUCAGUGUGCACGAGGAGGAAGAGACGCUCCCAGAGCAUCCCAGCAGAACUGGCAGCCCCAUCCACCAGCCCUUAUACUGAAAAGCCCACAGGAUGCACUCACAGCCUAGAGGCAGGAGCUGCAAACAAGUAUACCACUAUGGAUCCCAGACAGAGGAGAGCUUCAGAUGGGCUGCUUUGUGUUGUCAAGGAAAGUUCGUCUAACACGUCCCCGCCCAGAGGCUACCAUUCUCCUCUGCUGUCCUAUAAGACAGAGCCAGAUCAUUCUUUUACUUAUGUAAAUGAAGAGAUUGAUUAUGAGGCCAAGGAGAAAUGCAGGGUGUCAAGAAACGGACACAACAGUAACAGAGACGUUCAGAAGGACUCAGGAAGGCCCAGGGUUCCAGUGGUUUGUUUAGAGCGUCUAAAAAUACUCGUCUCUCAGCUCCCCCCACACGGACGACAGCAGAGUGACCCUUUACCUGCCAGCACGAUGGAGAAGAGCGAAGCUCUCCCACAGCAGAGAACCUGGCAUGAUGCAGUACCUCAAGGGACAGCUGGGGGUUCUGAGACCAGGAGGACCACACGUUCACUCACAGCGCCACCAUAUGCUACAGAAAGACAAACUCGUAAUCAGUCUACCACACAGUCAACCAACAGUGAGUCUGACAGUAAAGGAAGAUUCAUCUCUCUUAAAGCAUCCACACUGCCCUCCACAGACCCUAAAUAUGUGCCACAGAGUUACUCUGCACUGGAUCUGGACUCUGACUCUGAUCCUAGGUCAGUCUCAGAAGAUGUAGUUGUUUCUCAGGCUGAUCCAGACCCACAGAUAGACUCUGAUGUAUCACCAGAUUCUGACCCAAAUGCACAGUCUUUAUCUGAGGCUGAACUUGAAUCUCUGGCUGAGGAGAAAUCAGUGGCUGCGAGAGAAAUGGGGCUCUGUGGUGAGACUGAUAUUGCAGGUGACUCAGACCCAAGUCUUGAAUAUGAGGCAGACCCAGAGUCAGAUGCAGGAGCAGGAUCAGAAGAUGGCCAGGGGCUGGAUGCUGAUGCAGAGUCAGGCGAUGCUGAAACAGAGUCUGACAUUCAACCUGAAUAUGAUCCCAGUUUUCAGGCCGACACUGAUUCUAACACCAUGUCCGAUCAGCCUCCGGACUCUCAUGGCUCCGUGGAGUCUGAGCUUGACAUUUAUUCUGAACCUGAACUGACAACUGAUGACCCACAACCACUUCGCUCUGACCUGGAAGAGGAGGCCGAUGCUGUACCUGGUCAGAGGCCACUUCUGAUCGCAAACCCUGUACCUCAGAGGGGGACAGGGGAAGUCCAGCCUGAACAGGACAAUGCAGAGAUGGAGAGUGAGGACUUCUGCGCGGUGUGUCUGAUCGGAGGAGACCUGCUGUGCUGUGACCGCUGUCCAAAAGUCUAUCAUCUGUCUUGCCAUAUCCCGUCUCUGCUUAGCUUCCCCUCAGGUGACUGGGUGUGCAGCCUGUGCAGAGAUGUCAUGCAGCCAGAGGUUGAAUAUGACUGUGAGAAUGAAAGAGCAUCUGGAGAAGACAGAUUGGCUCACGGACUGUCUGCAUUAGACCAGAGAAAAUGUGAGCGGCUGACUCUUCUGAUCCUCAGUAACAUCCUGAGUGCUCCCUUCCAUGAGCCCGUCAGUCCACUCGCGCGCCAUUACUACCAGAUCAUCAAGAGGCCAAUGGACCUGUCUGUAAUCAGAGCCAAACUCAAUAAGAGGAAUACUCGAUAUUAUAACUCACCGGAUCAGUUUGUUGCUGAUAUGUAUCUCAUGUUCCACAACUGUGCAAAGUUCAAUUAUCCUGACUCUGAGGUGGCCCAAGCAGGCCGCAGCCUCGAGGCAUUCUUCACUUCCAAGCUGAAAGAAGUUUUCCCAGACAGAGUUUUCCCUGCAGCAGAGGCAGACUCUGACAGUGAUGAGUAUGAUGAGGCCUACAGAACCGCAGAGAGUGGUUUCCCCUGGCCAGAGAGGAGGGAGCAGUGCCACAGGAAGAGGAAGAGGAGACACUCUCUCAAGUCGAGGAGGCAUCACUUCUAACCAGAGGUGAAUGGAGAGCAGCCAUGGACACAAAUAUGCCAUAUUUGUGUGUAAUUAUACUGUUUAUAUUGUGCAGCUUGUGGUGCUGUAACAGUGUCUCCAUUCUGUAACCUGAAAGCAUCCCUCUCUGGGGUUUGCAGUAAUAUCACAUUGCUGCCACCUGAUGGCAGCUCAACAUACUGAAAGAAUAAUAGAUUUGAGUAAAUUUUUUUAAGAGUUCAACUGAUCAGAGGAGCAGAGAGUGUAAAAAAAGCAAUCAAAAAAAGUUUAGGUUACUAAUUAUAUGCUAUACAUUUGGAACCAUAUCUUUUUGGAGAAAGCCAAACAGUUUGUUGAGUUGCUUCUGCUUAAAACAAGCUAUAUACGUGAGGUGAUGCUGCACUGAAAAUUACUUACUGUGUUUACAAUUAGAUCUCCUAAAAUCAGACACCUUACGUUAUAUGCUAUGUAUAUUGUACAAAAAGGAUGCUGUAGUUGGAUGUUCAUUAAUCUCACUUUGCAUCUUUACUAAGUGGUACUUUUUUUAGGUGAACCUAGGCCUCAUUAUACACAUCAUUAUGAAACUUUGAUAUUAGUAAAUUCUGUAUUUACCAUAUUCGUAAAUGUUCAACAUAUUUAUACAUGUGCAACUGUACAGAACUUUAUUUUACUAUAUUUGUCAUUUUAAUUAUUAAAUUAUUGCAGGCAAUUAUCAUAGGUGUCUCAGUAGCUUUUUUUGAAAAGCAGCAGUGUCACUUCCAUUGAGUUUGUCUCUUUGACCAGAGCGAUACAGAGUGUGAGGGACUGAGGGCACUAUAACUGGAACUUAGCAGGGAAUAUGUAUUUUCAUGUUUGUUAGAGGAUUUAAUAUCUAGAUCAAGGCAUCCAAGGAAAUUUUAAUUUUGCAUUUCACCAGAAAUUAAGUUUGUGGAUACAUUAUGUAUUAUUUCUGUUCUGCUUGUGUUUCAGCAAAGUGUUGUACUCUAUUAUCUAAAUAUCUCAGGCUGAAUAAGAGAGUAAGGAACUGAUAUCAUUCACAGUCCUUGCUUUGUAGAGCCACACUGUUGAGAGGAAAUACGUAAUUUUAUAAUCCGCACUGUUGUAGCUCAUUUCCUGUUUUUAAAUAUACUUUACUUGCUUCCUGCUGCUUAAGGUAGACUUUACUUGACUUUUACAGUAAUUAAUGCACAAAUAAUUGUCUGUAUCGUCUUUGAUCAUUCCCAAGACUGGUGAGUAUACAGUAUUCCUGUAUGUAAUGUUACUACCUUUUAAAUCAGUAGAUGUAAUAUUUCUUAUUGUAUGAGGGAAAAUGGAUAAACUAUUGUUACUGUCACUGUUUCAUGAGAAACAGUUUCUGGUUUCUGGUUGAUUUUUUUUUUUACUGUAACAGUCAACAGUAAAUGCACUUAAAUCAAUAUCAAUAAAAUGUAUUCAAGACAAAAUUUUAAAAAUUAUUUCCCAUCUGCCAUUAAUAAUCACUGUAGGUUAUAGGACGAACGAAAGGAAGAGAAAACUGUUUUGUUAGCAUAGGUUUACUAUAAAUGUUCAUCUACUGUAUGAAACCAGCACUCAGUAUGUACUGCAGCCAUUUAUAGUUGGACUACAUACUCAUUUCUGUAUAGUUUGAACUCUUUCAGCUUCUUUCCUAAAAGCUACACUAGCAAACGUACACAUCCUUUAAAAUAAAGUUCAAACAAAUUUCUCAGCAAUUUAUUUCACCUUUAUUUACUUUGGAAGGUGGUGUAUCUUCAGUAGUUCAAAUAUUAUGAUAAAUGUGACAUUUCAUUCUAAAUUAAUUUCAGCACUAUAAGAGGUACUCAAAUCCUUUUAUUUGGAUGUUUGGGGGAUCAUGAAUAAUACAUGAUUUUUGGCUCCCUGUGAAAACAUCUUCUGAGGUUCAUCUUCUACUUUAAUUUCAUUGUGUCGUCUCUGAUUAAACUCAAUGAUGACAAACCGAGGGUUUGUGCACAUUUCAUAGCAAAUAGGGCACAAGUUGCAUGCAUAAUGUCUUUUUGAAUACUGCUAAAUAAACACAUGUAGUAAAUAACAGCAAAUCAAUAUCCCUGCAUCAUUCCUCCUAAAAUGAAG